UUAUUGACUUUAACGUGAUGUAAAACCAACGUGUGUUCCUUAUCACUGUAACUAGACUCGGUCAACAUAUGCAAGUUGUGAAAAACUGUCUAUUCGCAUUCUCUCCCCAAGAUAAAGGCAUCAUGGUUAAAACGUGUUUAACAGGAUUGAUCUUGCUGUUUGGUUUAGCACAUUCCAGCGCACAGUGUCCGAACGGAUGGAAGACAUAUGAUACCAGUUGCUACCUGUUCGGACACACAUCAUAUUCCUUCCAUGAAUCACAGUUGUUUUGUCUUCAUUUUGGGGCAAAUCUGGUCAACAUUGAAUCCAGCAUCGAAAACGCGUUUAUACGUGGGGAGUUGAUGACUCUUAAAGCUCCACGACACUGGAUUGGUCUCACGGACGAGGUGAGUGAAGGCAUCUGGACACUUUACCCGUCCGAAAAAGUUGCCACCUUCUUAGAUUGGAGCCAUUGGAGCCAACCCAACGACGGCAUUUACGCAAACUGUGCUGCAUUCUUCGCAGGAGAUCAUGACUACCACUGGGUUGAUGAACCGUGCGGCAGAGAGUUCAAUCCAAUAUGCGAAAUGCCGGUCAACCAUCCUCAUAUUGUAGGAUAGUGCACCGUCAAAGAAAGACUCUACCAGCAAUUGAUUCUUCACCCUUUACAGUAUUUUCUGUAACCACAUUGAACGUGUAAUUGUCGAUGUAUUUAUCUUCUUUAAUAAUCAGCAAAACCAAAAAUGAAAAGGGUACAAAGCUAUAAACAUACAUCAAGUCUAA